CUUUCAUCUGAGAUUAGUCUCCUCUGAUAUGUUGCUUAGAACAGGAAGUUGUUUAAGAGCUCUUUCUUUAAAUGAGUUCUCUAUCAAGAAGCUGCCGAAUUCAAUUGGCAAUUUAAAGCAUUUAAGAUGGGAAGUUUAAUCAACUUGCGAUAUCUAGAGAUUGAUGGUGUACCUUUGAAGGAGUUUCCCCAAGAUAUGAGCAAUAUGAAGCACUUGCAAUUUUUAUGUAAUGUGAUUUUGAGCGAUAAAAGUAGCGGAGGAUUUAAAAUGAAAAGGGUAGCAGAGCUUGAAAGUUUACGAUGCAUUUCGGGGUUGGAAAAUAUUAAUGAUGCAAGAGAAGCUUUAGGGGCUAAUUUGAAGGAUAAGAAGGGCCUUUCGAAAUUGACUUUGAGGUGGAAUUCCAAUGCUUGGGGGGCUGAUAAUUUGCAAAAAGAAAAGGAUAUAUUUGAUGCACUUCGACCCCAUGCAAACUUGGAGCAUCUUGUGAUUGAAAAUUACAGAGGUACAACAUUCUCAGACUGGAUUGGAGACUCUGCAUUUGUUAAUUUGGUAUCAAUCAGCUUAAUCUCUUGUGAAAAUUGUUGUACUUUACCCCCACUUGGGCAACUACCGUUUCUCAAAGAACUUGAAAUUAGAGGAUGUGAUAGUGUGAUCUCAAUAGGCGCUGAGAUUGAUCACACAGGAUGUCUAUUCAGUCAUCUAGAAAGGUUAACAAUCAUAGGAAUGUUGGAGUGGAAAGAUUGGUCAUUUAGUAGUGGAGCUAUGCAAGAAGGUCGAAUAUUCCCUCUUCUUAAAGAACUUUAUUUGGAUAAUUGUCCAAAGCUUAAUGUUGGCUUUCCUGGUUAUCUUCCAUCCUUGAAACAUCUUACUAUCUCUCAUUGUGAACAAAUGGCGGUUUUGCUCCCAAGAACUCAGCAAACUGUCACAGCCCCUCCCUCUCUUGUCUCUGUGAGAAUAAGUAAUUGUCCAGUGUUGGAAUCACUUCUAAACUGGGGAUCACACUCAAAAGUAGCGAAGCUUGAAUUAUGGGACUCCAAAAGGCUCUUUGAGAACCAUAAGCAAUGGGAUCUGCAUAGACUCUUCUGUCUAGAAUACUUAAGUAUCAGUGGAUGGGAUGAUGAUUCCUUUCUCGACGAGGGGCUCCUUCCAACCAAUCUUACUAGACUUGAGAUUUACAGUUCUAGUAACCUUGAAAUUCUAAACGACAAUGUGUUUCAACAACUUACCUCCCUUACAUCCUUGAGUAUAUAUGAUUGUGAAAAGUUGCGAUGCUUGCCAAAAGAAGGGCUUCCUACUUCCCUUUCUGAAUUAUUUAUAUUGAAAUGUCCUUUGCUGAAGCAAUGCUGCGAGAAAGGAGAAGAAGAUUGACCUAAGAUUCAGCACAUCACUACGCUGUGGAUAGAAGAUUAGCGUAUUAUUGUUAACAUGCCAACAUGCCAUGAAAUUCUCAAAGAGUUUGAAAGAUUCAAUUAUUAGGACUUUAAUCUUUGUAAGAGUUUGCUGAAACUUGUUAUGUUUUUUUUUUGUCCUCUUAAUCAAUUAUUUUGCUGCAACAAGCAUAUAAACUAAUGUUUGGUAGAGCUCAACAAGGUUGCUGUUAUAUAUUCUUCUGCAUAAUCUACUUGCUUAAUAUGUUUGGUAAAGUAAA